AUGGACACCCUUCCCGAUGCUUUCCCCUCGCAGGGCCGAUCUGCCGCUCCGUUCGCCUCAGCAUCGCAGAGCACAUCUAAUCAAGGAUUUCCCGCUCCAACAGAAAACACAGAACCAGCUCCUCGAAUCAAAGUGCACGAUCCUCCUAAAUUUGACCUCGAAUCUUAUAUUGCAAAUUAUGUUGGUCGCACACGAUUCAACCGCUUGUACCUGAUCGGAACGACAUCGACAGUCCUCUCUACUGAAGCUCUGAAACUGGCCAUUGCAGAGGCCAAGUCAGGAAAAGAUGUUGGUCGAUAUGAAAAAGCAGUCCGUGCGUUGGCGGAAGUCGCACCGACUGAGCCUGAAGCUACUCUCGAUACGGCCUGGGUUCAAAAGGUGCAACGACAGGUUCAAGCCCAGUCUGAACGGUUGGAGCAAGAACUGCGGGGAUACAAGAACAACUUGAUCAAAGAAAGCAUCAGGAUGGGAAAUGAGGAUAUCGGAAAUCACUACUACGAAACAGGCGACCUGGUCGCUGCCUCCAAAGCGUACACCCGAAUGCGCGAUUACUGCACCACACCUAACCACAUUGCGUCGAUGCUUUUCAAGCUCGUCAACGUCUCCGUCGAGCGCGGCGACUGGCUCGCCGUUCAAUCAAAUGUCCAUCGCUUGCGCACGGCUCAAUCAAAACCCGAGGAUCAACAGAAAAACCAGCCCAAAGUCAGCGCUGCCCUCGGUCUUGCCCAGAUGCACUCAGGCGCGUAUUUAGAUGCCGCAAAUAGCUUUUUGGCCACCGAUAUGAGCCUCUCCGAUACCUUCAACGAGGUCCUCACAGCCAACGACGUGGCUGUCUACGGUGGUCUGUGUGCGAUGGCAUCAAUGGAUCGGGAAACUCUCCAACGUCGUGUCCUCGACAACGGCUUAUUCCGGAACUUUUUGGAACUUGAGCCGCAAAUCCGCCGGGCCGUUGCGUUCUUCUGCAACUCAAAGUUCCGACCUUGUCUCGACAUUCUAGAGUCCUAUCGAACAGACUAUCUUCUUGACCUCCAUCUCCAGCGUCACGUUUCUGAUCUCUACCAUUCGAUUCGCACAAAGGCCAUCAAACAAUACCUGGUGCCCUUCAGUCGCGUAACCUUGGCCUCCAUGGCCACCAUCUUCGCACCCGAGGUGAUCGGCGGUGAAGCACAGCCCACGAGCGUCUCCUCCCCCUUUGUCCAGGAGAUCAUCCAACUCAUCCAAAAGGGAGUCCUAGAAGCUCGACUCGACCUGGAGAAAAACGUCCUGGUCUCCAACAAAUCCGAUCUACGAACGGAGGUCCAAGAACAAGCCCUCGAAAGUCUUCGCGCAUUCAAUCAGGAGGCGCACUUACGGAUUCUCCGUGCCAGCGUACUCCAGGCUGGGUUGGAAGUGAGAGACGCCGAGGCCGAGAAGCGAAUGCGUAAACAACAGGGGCCGCCCGGUAGAGCUUCAGAGAGGCUUGCUCGAGGCGCAACGCGUGCCUAA